AUGGCUGCUUCUUUCGAGCCUUCACUUUCCACGAGUGGCAUGCGCCCGCCGCUUGCCUCGGCAGAUGCCCCCUCCAUGGCCGACUCGCUCCCCAGCAUCAAUUUCGGAUUCGAAGAUCUGCGCAAUCGCAUGGCGCAAUUUAGCGCUAAAUUCGAUGCAUUUAUCGAAAAGGGUCGCAAAAGAGUCUUGGAGGAGCGGAACCAAUUCCAUAUCAACCUUGCGGAACUACAGGAGGAUGAGCGUAUGCGCCAGCGAGACAUUGAAAUCCUCAAUCUCAAAGUUCAGACGCAUGAGCAAACACUGCAAAAAGAGGCCGCAGAAGCUGCAGAGAUGCACGCUGCGAUUUCUUCCAUCACCUUGGAGCGCGAUGCUCGACUCGCCAAGCGCGACCGCUUGAAGCAGCAGAUUGCGGAAACACAAAAGGCGAUUAAUCAGAAACUGGAAGCGCAAAAGCAGCACGCAAAACAACUGGAUGCCCAAUCCCGAUUGAACAUGCCCGAGCUUGAAUUCUGGCAGGAUUAUCUGUGUCUACGCAUCGAAGGGGCUGGACGGGAAGACCGGUUGAAGUUUGUGUAUAGUCACUUGUUAGAGAAAGACUGGGAGGCUGAAGCUUGGUUCGAGCUGGGCACCGCGAGUCGUGACUACGAAGUUUAUCACACGCGGCCCAAGGUUGAUAAGGAUGCUUUGGAGCGCGAAGUGGAUCUGGUCAACGAGGACCGAGACUUCGGCGCUUUCCUCAAGCGGAUGCGGAAACUGUUCGCAGAGACGAUGAACAAAUAA